AGCUGCCCCAGGGCUCUGGCCUCAGUUACUUAAGAGAGCUGAGCCCAGCCUGAGGCUGCGACAGACCUGGCCCAGCCCUCUGGGAGCCCAGGAUGGGGACCUCGGCUGGGGCCCUGUCCUCCCUCCUGCUGGGAAUACUGCUCACAUCCACCCCUGGGGCCCUGGGUGCCAACCCUGGCCUGGUCGCCAGGAUCACCGACAAGGGCUUGGAGUAUGUGGCCCAAGAGGAGCUGGUGACUCUGCAGAGUAAACUGCAUGAUGUCACGCUGCCCGACUUCAGUGGGGACGCCAAGAUCAAAUACCUCGGCAAUGCGCACUAUGAAUUCCACAGCCUGAACAUCCACAGCUGUGAGCUGCUCGGCUCUGCUCUGAAGCCCCUCCCCAGCCACGGUCUGCAUUUCUCCAUCUCCGACUCCUUCAUCAGAGUCAAGGGCAAGUGGAAGGUGCGCAAGCGGAUACUGAAACUAGACGGCUCCUUUGACGUGACGGUCAAGGGCAUCACCAUUUCAGUCAAUCUUCUCUUGGGCAGCGAGCCCUCUGGGAGACCCAAGGUCGCCGUUUCUAGCUGCAGCAGCAACAUCCGUGAUGUGGAGGUGCACAUGUCAGGAGAUUUGGGGUGGCUGCUGAAUCUCUUCCACCAUCAGAUCGAGUCCAAGUUCCGAAGAGUAUUGGAGAGCAAGAUUUGCAAAAUAAUCCAGGACUCGGUGACCUCUGACCUACAGCCUUACCUCCAAACUCUGCCAGUCACCAUGGAGAUGGACAUUUUCGCUGGGAUUGAUUACAGCUUAAUGGAGGCCCCUCAGGCAACAGCGGAAAUACUGGACGUGAUGCUUAAGGGUGAAAUUUUUAGCCGUGAUCACCGCUCCCCGGUUGCCUUCCUUGCGCCUGUCAUGAGCCUUCCAGAAGAACACAGCCGAAUGGUCUACUUUGCCAUCUCUAAUUAUGCCUUCAACACCGCCAGCCUAGUUUAUCACAAAGUGGGAUACCUGAACUUUUCUAUCACAGAUGACAUGGUUCCGCCUACUUCUAACAUCCGACUGACCACCAAGUCCUUCCGCGCCUUCUGCCCCCGGUUAGCCAGACUGUACCCCAACACGAACUUAACGCUCCAAGGCACAGUGGUCUCUGCCCCGUUCCUGAACUUCAGCCCUGGGAAUCUGUCCUCAGCUGCCCAGAUGGAGAUUGAGGCCUCUGUGCUCCUGCCCAACUCCGUCAAGGAGCCAGUCUUCCGGCUUGGUGUGGCCACUAAUGUGUCUGUCAUGUUGACCUUCAACACCAGCAAGAUCACUGGAUUCCUGAAGCCAGAAAAGAUACAAGUGGAACUGAAAGAAUCUAAAGUUGGAGUAGUCAAUGUGGAGCUGUUGGAGGCGCUGCUCAAUUACUACCUUCUCAACACCCUCUACCCCAAGGUCAAUGAUAAGUUGGCAGAAGGCUUCCCCCUCCCUCUGCUAAAGCGUAUUCAGCUCUAUGACCCUGUUCUCCAGAUCCACAAGGACUUCCUGUUUUUGGGCACCAACGUCCGGUACCUGAGAGUUUGAGGACAGGGCGAAAGACAGGGCUUGGGGGCCACAGCUGGAUUGCCAAGUUGCAUUUCCAGAUGUGCAGCAUAUUCCUGGAGAUUCUGGGAGGAUGAAGACCAUUUCUGUUAUCAGCUCUGGGGGACUGGCCUCUGUCCCCACACUCCUCCUUUUCAGCACGUACACCCACACCCCCUCUAACUCUGGAUUUUACUUUCCCACCAGGAUGGACCGUCCUCCCCCACUAGCCUGUACUAUCUUCAAGGGCAGGUCUUUUUUAUUCACCAUCAGAUCCCUGUGCCUAGCAGAGUGCUUGCACUUAGUAGGUCCUCAAUAAAUAUUUAUUGAAUGGCUCAGUGAAGGAACCAUCUGGUACUCUAGCUGAACCCCCCUACUGCCAACCCUCUCUUAUUUAAGGGGUCUUUGGAUGGUCAGCUCCAUCUGUGGUCUUCAAGGAUGAACCCUGACCACAUUCCCAUUUCUCAGCGCUGCUGCUGUGGGGACCUCAAUGAGAGAACAUGGGAUUCACUCCCUGCUCAGCCCUGGACCUGGUGCUGAUGCUGGCUCUCUAAGACAAUUGUCCAUCUCAGUUUGGGGGCAGUUCAUGGGCUCAUUUCAGUACGUGCUCCCUCUCUCCCUCCCUCUCUGCCUGCUGCAGACACAGGAGCCAGAGGGUCUCCAGGAGCAAAAACUCAGCCUCCUGCUGCCCUCCGCAUUGAAACGGGUGUAAAUUAGGAGGAAAUGGAUCUGUCUAGGUUUUGGGUCCGACCCGAAUAAAAGACUCAUCCAACUGUUGUUUAUGAGCCCCAA